GCCCGGCGAUGGGGCGGCCGGGAGGCGGCGGCGGCGGGGCAGCGGCCGGGGCCGCUGAGGCGGAGCGGGACGGGACGGAGAGGCGGCCGGUGCCCCGCCGGCGCUGAGCCGGAGCCUGGGGGCAGGGCUGUCCUGGAGGAUCGCCGUGGGGUGAGAGAAUGAAGAAUCCGGCCGGGCAGCAGCAGGAUGGGGCGGCAGGACCUCCCACGCGCUGACGGGCCCCCGCCGAUGCUCCCGUGGCCGCUGGCCCUGCUGGCCCUGAGCGCGUGCUGUCGCUGGGGGGUGGCCGGCGGGGCGGGCAGCACAGUGCCCCAGCAGCAUGCUGCCCCCUCGACCCCUUCCUCUUCGUCCUCCUCCCCCUCUGCCCGGGCACCCCUCGACUGGCUCCUCACCGACCGUGGACCCUUCUACCGAGCCCAGGACUACGUGGACUUCAUGGAGCGCUACCGGCAGGGUUUCACCACCAGGUACAGGAUCUACAGAGAGUUUGCUCGUUGGAAGGUGAAUAACUUGGCCUUGGAGAGGAAAGACUUCUUCAGCCUACCACUUCCCCUGGCCCCCGAAUUCAUCCGCAACAUCCGGCUGCUGGGACGCCGGCCCAGCCCCCAGCAGAUCACCGACAGCCUCAUCAAAAAGUAUGGGACCCACUUUCUGCUGUCUGCCACGCUGGGAGGAGAGGAAUCCCUGACCAUUUUUGUGGACAAGCGCAAGCUGAGCCGGAGGGCAGAGCCCGCCGUGGGGGCUGGGAACAGCUCGGGGGUCUCGCUGGAGACCCUGCACCAGCUGGCAGCCUCCUACUUCAUCGACAGGGAGAGCACACUCCGCCGGCUCCACCACAUCCAGAUCGCCACGGCCGCCAUCAAGGUGACCGAAACACGGACAGGGCCGCUCGGCUGCAGCAACUACGACAACCUGGACUCGGUGAGCUCCGUCCUGGUUCAGAGCCCUGAGAACAAAGUGCAGCUCCAAGGGCUGCAGACGGUGCUCCCCUCCUACCUGCGGGAGAGGUUCGUGGCCGCCGCCCUCAGCUACAUCGCCUGCAGCUCGGCCGGGGAGCUGGUGUGCCGCCGGAGCGACUGCCGCUGCCAGUGCCAGCCCGCCUUCCCCCGCUGCAACUGCCCCGAGGCCGACAUCCAGGCGCUGGAGAGCAGCCUGGCCCAGCUCUGGAGAGCCUGGGAGAGCCACCACGGCCAGUUUGAGGAGUCAGAGGAGUUUCAGGCCCUGGUGAAGAGGCUCCCCACAGACCGUUUCCUGAACAGGACGGCCAUCUCCCACUUCUGGGCCAUGGAUCUGGAUGUCCAGCAUCGCUACCAACAGCUGGGCACCAGCCUGAAGCUGCUCUCCAGGAAAACCUACCGACUCAUCCGGCGGCUCUUCAACCUCAGCAAGCGCUGCCACCGGCAGCCUCGCUUCAAGCUGCCGAAGGAGAGGUCCCUCCCUUACUGGUGGAGCCGUGCACAGUCGCUCCUGUACUGCAGCGAGACCACCGUGCCUGGGACCUUCCUGGAAGAAAGCCACAGCUGCACCUGUCCCUCGGACCAGCCCUCCUGCCAGGGGUCCAUUCCGUGUGCCUUGGGCGAGGGGCCAGCCUGUGCCAGCUGUGCCGAGGACAACAGCACCCGCUGCGGGACCUGCAACCACGGCUACGUGCUCAGCCAGGGCUUCUGCCGCCCCGAGGUGGCCGACUCGCUGGAGCACUACCUGGGGCUGGAGACGGACCUGCAGGACUUGGAGCUCAAGUACCUCUUGCAGAAACGGGACAGCCGCAUCGAGGUGCACUCCAUCUUCAUCAGCAACGACAUGCGCCUGGGGAGCUGGUUCGACCCCUCCUGGAGGAAGCGCAUGCUCCUGACCCUGAAGAGCAACAAGUACAAGCCCGGGCUGGUUCAUGUCAUGUUGGCGCUCUCCCUGCAGAUCUGCCUCACCAAGAACAGCACGCUGGAGCCCGUCAUGGCCAUCUACGUCAACCCCUUUGGGGGAAGCCACUCGGAGAGCUGGUUCAUGCCCGUCAACGAAGGCAGCUUCCCAGACUGGGAAAGGACUAACGUAGAUGCCUCUGCCCAGUGCCAGAACUGGACGCUCACCUUGGGCAACAAGUGGAAGACCUUCUUUGAAACGGUCCACGUCUACCUGCGGAGCCGCAUCAAGUCUCUGGAUGACAGCUCCAACGAGACAAUCUACUAUGAACCCCUGGAGAUGUCAGAUCCCUCCAAGAACCUGGGGUACAUGAAAAUCAACAGCUUGCAAGUGUUUGGCUACAGCCUGCCCUUUGAGCCGGAUGCUAUCCGUGACCUGAUCCUCCAGCUGGACUACCCCUACACCCAGGGCUCCCAGGACUCGGCCAUGCUCCAGCUGCUGGAGAUCAGGGACCGGGUGAACAGGUUGUCACCCCCUGGCAAAACCCGCCUCGACCUGUUCACGUGCUUGCUCCGCCACCGGCUCAAGCUGGCCAACAACGAGGUGGCGAGGAUCCAGUCCUCCCUGAGAGCCUUCAACGCCAGGCUGCCCAACGCCCUGGAGCAGGAGACGGGCAAGCUGUGCAGCUAACGGCCUCGGAGCCAGGGGGCUGGGAGAAAGGACUUCCUGGGGAAGGGGGGGAAACAACCACCCUGAAAAAAUUUAAAUCAAGGCCUUACCUUAGUGCCAACCGCGUGCUUCCAUGGUACACCCAGCGACUGGCCAAAGAGACACGGGGCUCGAGCGGAUGGAGGGUGCCAGGGGACUGUGGAGGAGGGGUGGCUCGCGCAGCACAGCCUGGCUCCAGGUGCGGGGAUGGUGCCAGCACAGCCGCCACGUCGGUAGCCGGGGAGAUGUGCCCAGGGGGAUGUGGCCUGGCCAGGGGCAGCUGCUGGUCCCGCUGGAGCAGGUGCCCAACCCACCGUGAGGAUCACCCGACAACAGCCUCGUCAUCCCAACUUUUGUAGUCUUUUUAAAAGGUUUCUACAGGCGCCUUCGCUCCCACAUCCCCCAUGAUCCAUCCUGCAGCCAGGCCCUCGCACACGGUGCUGGUGGGGGUCCACAGCACAGGGCACCGAGAUCCAGCAGAUCUCCCCUGGGCCCCCUUCAGAAGCAUCUCACACCUGCUGGGGUACCAAGGCAUCAUCCCCCCGCCUUGUGUGGGAAAGACCUGGCACCUACCCUAUGGGCGCUGCCAGCACGGACACCGGCGGAGACCUCUGGGCCACAAUUCCCUACAAAAAACAAACAAAACAAAAAACAAACCCUAAAGCAAAAGAAAGAAAAAGGAAAAAAAAAGGUUUAUUUAUGUAUUUAUUUAUUUGGUUUGUUUGGGAGGGGUUUUUUUAAGCUUAUUUAUUUGGGGAGUGUCAUUUCUUGUCAGUGGCUCCAGCCAAGAGACAUCUUAGUAAAAUGUAUCUGUUUAAUAUA